AUGUACCCAAUUUUAUUCAGCCUUAUUUUUGGCCUUAUCCCGACUCUUGUUUCCGCGGACUGUUCAGUAGGAAACUGGACAACACGUGUUGAUUCGGAUGGAAAUACAUAUGGAUAUCAAGUAUUGAUGAGAGAUUGGCUUAAUUUUUAUGAGGCCCGCGCUCUAUGUCUCGGAGUUGGAGGCGAUGUGGUAUCUAUCCACAGUAACGCUGAGAAUGAAUUUGUUCGCGUGUUAGCGGCCCCAUAUAUUGCUGCGUGCCAAACAAAUAAAACAGUUUGUGGUUCAAGAGCUACUACAAGCCUUGACUUCUACUUAAGUGUAGUCUGGAUGGGAAUGACCCGUUGUCAAUAUUUUCCUAGUUACAAUUCUACUGUUGAUUGUGUUUAUUCAGAUGGAACUAAAUGUGAUUAUGCAACUAGUUCUUCGGUUUAUCCAUGGGGUGUGGGAAGCCCUUCAGGAUCUGACAGCGGAGGUGGAGCUGGUCUCAUUGAGGAUUGUGUUUCAAUGUAUAACGGCACAUCCGGAGAGUGGAAUGAUGUUUCAUGCUUCCAAAAAUUGGGUGGAGUUGUUUGCAAAAGAAAUUGUACGGGAACAUGUGGAAGUACAUCUAUCAAGACUGCUUUACUUACUAGCCCUUCUGACAUAGCAGACACGAGCUGCACAUCAGGCAAUUGGACUAAACGAUUAGGCGAAGAUGGAAACACAUAUGGGUAUCAAGUUGUGAUGAGAGAUUGGCUUAAUUUUUACGAGGCAAAUGCACAAUGUCUUGCGCUCGGAGCUGAAGUCGUAUCUGUUCAUAGCGCAGCUGAAAACGAAUUUAUUCGACAAUUAGCCGGCCCAUAUAUAACUGCGUGUCAAACAAACACAUCGGUGUGUGCCAGUAGAGUUUCUACUACUCAAGACAUUCAGUGGCGUUCACUCUGGUUAGGCCUGCACCGUUGUGCAUUUUAUCCUACAUACAAUGCUACGGUUGAUUGCAUUAAUUCGGAUGGAACAAGUUGUGAUUAUCUUAACAUCACUGGAGGUCCAUCAGGAACAGAAACGGGAACAGCAUCUGGUCAACAAGAAGCAUGCGCUGCCAUGUACAGCGCAACAACUGGACAGUGGAAUGACAUAGCAUGCUUUAACAAAUUAGGCGGUGUAAUUUGUAAAAAGAACUGUUCGAACGCAUGUGGAGUUGCAUCAACAACUACCACACAAUUGACUACAACUACCACACAGCCAACUACAACUACAACCCAACCUUCCACUACAUCUACUGCUGAACCAACUACAACAACAACCUUACCAACUACUACAACUACUUUACCAACAACGACAAUAACUCUGCCUACUACCACAACAACCGAACCAUCUACUACAACAACCUUACCCACAACCACAACAACCUUACCCACAACCACAACAACCUUACCCACAACCACAACAACCAUACCCACAACUACAACUACUUUACCAACUACCACAACAACCUUACCCACAACCACAACUACUUUGCCAACUACGACAACAACCUUGCCCACAACCACAACAACCUUGCCAACCACCACAACAACCUUACCCACAACCACAACAACCUUGCCAACCACCACAACAACCUUACCCACAACCACAACAACCUUGCCCACAACCACAACUACUUUGCCAACUACGACAACAACCUUGCCCACAACCACAACAACCUUGCCAACCACCACAACAACCUUACCCACAACCACAACAACCUUGCCUACCACCACAACAACCUUACCCACAACCACAACUACUUUGCCAACUACCACAACAACCUUACCUACAACCACAACACCGCCAAUAAAUUGCGCUGAUUGUUCAGCUGGUCAAUCAAAAGUAAUAUACGAAAAAAAUACAUUGUUGAGUAAUCAAACAAUUAACAAUUUGGCAGCAACCGAGUGCAUCUACAAUUGCAAGGACAAAGACGUUUCCCAGGCUUGUUACAAUCCAAGUCCUAUAAGUGUUGUUAGAAUUCGUUGUACCGAUUCAACAAAAUUCUGUGUUUGUACAUCAGACAAUAAAGGUUGCUUUACUGUAACUCAAAGUGCCCCUCUCUACCAGGCCGAUUAUUUAAUUUAUGCUAAUGCGAGCUAUACAUUUUUGGCUCUCAAUACAGGAGCAAGUCAAAUAAAAAAUAGCGGUACUGGUAAAACAUACGACUUUCAAACAAGCAUGACUUUCAUACCAAAUGAUGGCACAUUUUUGAACGCUCAGUAUCUCGCAAUUUCUUGUAAUGGUUGCAACCUUAUACACAAUAACGGAAUGGAUGUUCAAAAGCCUUGUUAA